UGGAAAACAAGCGGAGAUCUCUUGACUCAUGAAUCUCAUAUAGCAACACACGUCAUUCGCAAACACUUUGGCAUCAUAAAAUCAUAAAUGAAUGAGAUUUCAAUUGACAAGCUCGUAUCCAUUCGCUUGAAAAGCGUGUACACGCUGAGGGGGGAAAACACACUUUGAAAACUAUUCAUGCCUGUGAUUUCUUUAUUUGCUAGUUUCUGUUUGUUAACUAAAGCAGGAAACGGGUGAGUAUACUGACGCGCCAAAUUCCGAACAUUGUUCAGAAUUCAGGUGACUCCUGUAUGUGCGUGCAUGUAUCUAACUGAAAUAAUGGCGACAACGUCGCGACUGUUUUGCAGAUAUCAUGGUUUACAUGGUCGACAAACUGGACCUGGCCUGGUUCUCGUCCUGGUUCUUGCCAUCAUCUCUCUGGGCGUGGAAUACGUCGAACCCUCGUCAACGCAGGAACCUUCGAAUGAUGCAAAAGUUCGUUUGAUUGAAGGAUCCGACAUACAUGAAGGUGUUCUUGAAUACUUCCAUCCAUUGGAGAAAGUAUGGCUACCCGUGUGUGGUGAAGGCGUACAGACAGAAGACGCAAAUGUUGUUUGUCGAGAGCUCGGAUUCCAUGGAGCUGACGUCAUCAAGAACGUCACAGGAUUCUCAAUAAAUGCAACUAGUGCUCUGUUGAAUGUGUGGUGUGACACAGUGGAUGGAGUACAUAUACAACACAACUCCUUGGAUGAAUGCUUACAGAGCGGUGUAGCGGAUAUUCAGUCGUGUAAUGAAAAGGCGGCUCAUAUUAAAUGUUUGACUACUCGACUGACCGGCGGGCAUGACAUGUCCAGUGGUCGGCUAGAGGUGUGGUCACCGGGCUUUGGCUGGGGAAAGGUUUGCAGUCCGGACUUCGGAGAGAAAGAGCAGGAAGUCACCUGUCGUGAGCUUGGAUACAUGUACGUCAAUUUAGAGAAUCUGGGAAGCGCAAAUCAAUUUCAGGAUUCUGCUCUGACGUAUGAAUGGGAGGAUAUAAGAUGCACUGGAUCUGAAACCAAACUAGCAGACUGUGAUGUGGAUACCACUGGCUCUACUAGCUGUCCUGGUGAUAAUGAUGCAUACGCAUCCUGCACUAACAUCGAGUCUGAUCCAGGUAAACCUCCUUUCAUGGGUGUGAAGUUGUUUGAUGGGCCCUGUGCAACGGAAGGUCGACUGGAGGUCUUUGAUGGUCAUGAUUACGGUACGGUCUGUCAAGAACAAAUCACUCAGCUCGAUGCACGGGUCGUCUGCCGUCAACUGGGCUUCGAGUACGAGAAUGCUGAGGUGGUUAAAUGCUGUGAUACCUACCCCGCUGCUAGGGUGGGAGCCUCUGAUUUAUUCGGAGUUCUUAAUUGCACUGGUGACGAGUCCAUGAUUGCUCAAUGCCCCCACCCUCCGGUUGGAUCCAGGGUGGGGUGUACCACGUUGAGACACGUCAAUGAUGUGGGGAUCAGAUGUCAAGCUUGCCAAAUAAAAAAGGUCAACAUCGCCGCUGUGAUCGGGGGUGUCGUGGCCUUCACUGUCGUCUUCAUCGUCAUUGGUGUCGUGCUGUGGUACAUCUGCUAUAUCCCUAGGAGGAAAUACGAGGCAGCUGCCGACGAACAAGACGACGAGCCCGACAUUGAACCAAAGGAUGAGGCCACCGAUCACGUACCUACGGCGAAUGGGUUUGAGGAGAAUGCAAAUGAAGAUAUGGGAACCGAACUGAACGAUGAUGACUUACGGGAAAAGAAAUUAGAAACGGAAGAUUCAUUCGUUUGAUGAUUCCCGAACAGUUUUUUUUAUAGUGUAGGCUUACAAGCGUACUAACGAAAAUCAACUUUGCUUGAAGGCGAGUUGAUACAUCCCCUCAUGAUAGCAUCAACAUGGUCAAGUUGAUUUGAAUAAAAUAGAGAAAAACGCUAUAUACAGUGCAUAUCAAUAAAAAAAUUACACUUUGAAAAAGUCCUGGGAAUUGAAAAAUAUACAUUAUGAGGAUAUUUUUUCGCACAUGUUCUUGGGUUUGAGUCUCAUCUAACAUACGAAAGUAAAAAAAAGACUACAUGAGCACUGUCCAUUUAUUGUAAAGCUCGCAGAUAUCGGUUGGCUCAGAAUUGCUCAUUUUCACGCGGUGUCAAGGAAAAAAGGCGAAAACAAACUGACCAAGUGGGAUAUGUCUCAUACAUUUCUCUUGCAUUUAGCCACUUGAAAUGAAAUAGAUACAUUUAAACAUUUUGUCACAACUUUGCCACCCAAAUUAACACUUUAACCCCAGGUAAUCACAACCUUAACCCUUUUUUGUGCCAGAUGGAUCUGAGCCUGGACAUAACUGAAUGUAAACAAACGUUUAUUUCAGACUUCUCCAGCAUUUUUAAAGUAAGUUUGUUUGUUUUCUUAAUCAUUUAAAGUGGGUUUACAUUUCAUAUUUCAUUUAGUACUUGUUUCUUUACGCUUUUCUGAAGAUAAUUCUAAAAAAAAUAUUUCAUGUGUAUCACAACUCUGUGUGAAGCAGACAUCACCAUGAUCAUGAUGAUGGUCUCGGUGCGUGUGAAGGGGCGGGGGUGCAAUGGCGCUCUAUGAUUUUUUUGGCAAGAAAACGAGUCUAAAAGAUAAAAGAUAUAUUCAAAUCAAUCUUUCCAACUAAAGUCCAUGUGUUCUUCACGAUUAACGUCUACUUUUAUCCAUUUAACAAUUUCCAAGUUCUGCGCAAAUCAUUUUUCACGAAAUUCUGAAAAGUAAUUUUUGCUCACUCAAACGGAAAGAUUUUUCGACAGAUAUAUCAUCAUUUGCUUAAAGAGGUCUGUGCCAACGUUUAAAUGUUGAAGCUUCAGCAUAUUACAAACAUAUAAUUUUACAGGAUUAUUUCUAAGUAUAAGCUUUUUUUGAUGCGCACUGUAUAUCCUUAAUUUGAGUAACACAGGAAUAACUGAGAGGAAAUCAUCUGAAAGCCUGUUGAACCGGAUGUACUUUUUUUAUUCAAAGUUUGCCUAGUUUCUUGAAAUAUUUAUUAUGGAUAACACGAGGGGUAUGAUAAACAGAGGAAUUUAUUUGCUUUACACAAUCAUUGUUGUCUUUGCGUUUGGUUUGAUUGUAUGCUAUACUGCUAUAUAAUAGCAGGGCCCCUGGGAGAACAGUGUUCGGAACUGAAGUGACUUCCCUGGGUAAAUAUGCCGGUAUUAUUAUUAUUACUAUUAUUAUCAUACUUGAUAGGUAUCAAUAGUGGUUAAACGACGAUUUCAUAGAUCGAAAAUAUGACACGUUUUAAAAUUUCAUACAAUAAAGUACAAAAGAAGAAGUGAUUAUUUGACACCAUCGGCUCUCUCAUUGCAAUACCAUCUGUAACACAAUUUUGUUUGUUAAAGUUAGAAAUACCAUGAUUUUGAUGUUUUCAUAUCCGAUUUUUAUCUAAUCGUCAGUGUUAUGUUGUUUUAUUUGUCUCUCUUUCAUUAAAGGUAUUUGUUGUAAGGUU